AUGUCGCUGGACGAAUCGUCGGUCCUGAUGGAUCGCGCACUUGUGACCAUAUGCCAGGAUUUACCGGAGUCACUCGGGCUGUACAAUACGGCAAAAGACCAAUUUUCGUUGGCGGCAAUUCGUUCAGUACCACUGCUCGAACACGUGGGUUCAGACUCGCGCAAGUUUGUACUGAUCCGUGACUGGAUGCGCGCGUACGAGUCGGCUGAGGAUCAGCCGCUAACGCCAGAGAUUAGCAUGGAUUCUCUUAAGGAGACUGUGCGACGUGAGCGGAAGGAGAUUGAACGUAAGCUGCGGGAUGAGAAACACGCGUUGCUGACAAGCGCCGACAGUGAAACAAAAAAGAAGAAGCGACAACGUAAGAAAAAGAAAGCGACCGAAGAAAAAAGUUAUGUCAAGAAUAGUGGAAAAGCUUGCGGGAAGAAAAAGGAAAGACUUAAAGAUAGCCAUAGUCAGACGAAGAGCGUUACCUCGAAAUGCCGAGUGCAAAUGGAUAGCGACGACGACAUGCUGUCAAUUGACGAGUCUAGUAACUCCAGCGCCGAAUCGUCGUUAGAAUCCUCAUCAUCCAGUGAGUCCAGAGGAGGCAAUUUGAGGAAGAAGAAGAAGUCGACCGAUAAUUUGCCGCCGAAAGAGAUAGUCCUUUCUUCUGAUGAGGAUGAAGAAGAGCCUGAUGACAUGUUUGAUACAGCUGACCCGGAUGUAUACGAGGUGGAGAAGAUUAUUCGAAAAAAAGCCAGCGACUGUUAUGGCGAACCAGACUUAUAUGAAGUCAAGUGGGAAGGAUACGACGAAACGACGUGGGAGCCUGCGAGCAACAUCUCUAAAGAUCUCAUUGAUGAGUUUGAGGGCCAACCUGUUCGAGAAGAUGUUUACGUGGUAGAAGAAAUUCUUGAUCGUCGUAGUAAGCACGAUCCAUCUACAAGAUUGAAGACUCAUCAGUAUAAAGUCAAAUGGGUUGGCUACGAUGAGGUCACGUGGGAGCCUGCCGAAAACCUACCGCACAAUUUACGGCGAAAAUUUGAUCAAAAGUAUAAAAGCCGGAAGCGCCGACGGAAAUAG